CGGCCAGCAGCACACACAUCUCAGCGAUCGACACGAGGAACACUCACUCGCACUCUGUCCACUGAACGUUCAUAAUGUUCGGGCACAAGAAGCACAACCAGCCCCCGCCGCCGCCGGCCGGUGCCGGCUACCCGACCGCGUCGCCGCCGAUGAUGCCGCAGCACGAGCCGACGUUCAAGAUCUUCUGCCGCGCCGACGAGGCCUACUGCCUCACCAUCCGCCACGACGCCGUCGUCCUCGCCCCAACCAACCCCCGCGACGAGCACCAGCACUGGUACAAGGACAUGAGGCACAGCACGCGGGUGAGCGACGCGGAGGGCCACCCGGCGUUCGCGCUGGUGAACAAGGCCACCGGGCUGGCCGUCAAGCACUCGCUGGGCCAGUCCCACCCCGUGAAGCUCAUCCCCUACAACCCGGAGUACCUGGACGAGUCGGUGCUGUGGACGGAGAGCAACGACGUCGGCAAGGGCUUCCGCUGCAUCCGCAUGGUCAACAACCUCAACCUCAGCUUCGACGCCCUCCACGGCGAUAAGGACCACGGCGGCGUGCACGAUGGCACCGGCGUCGUGCUCUGGGAGUUCUGCAAGGGGGAGAACCAGAGCUGGAAGAUCCUGCCCUGGGGCGCCGACGGCGGGUACGGGUACGGGUACGGCGGCGGCUCGUCGGGCGGCCAGGAUCCCUACGCGCCUCCGCCUGCGUACGGAGGAGGCUACCGCCCCCCGCCGGCCGGCGCGGAGGCCUACCCGCCGCCGCAUGCCCACGGCGCAGAGGCGUACGCGCCGCCGGGCGCAGGGUACGGGUACGGCAACCUGCACCGUGCGCUGGCGUCCGAGUCCACCGUGCGCGUUCUGUGCGCGGCCGGCGAGGACUACAGCCUGACCGUGAGGAACGGCACCGUGUGCCUCGCGCCAACCAACCCCAGAGACGAGUUCCAGCAUUGGGUGAAGGACAUGAGGUACAGCACCAAGAUCAAGGACGAGGAGGGCUACCCUGCGUUCGCCCUGGUGAACAAGAUCACCGGCGAAGCCAUCAAGCACUCCCUCGGACAGAGCCACCCUGUGAAGCUUGUGGGUUACAACCCGGAGUACAUGGACGAGUCGGUGCUAUGGACGGAGAGCAGGGACGUGGGCAAGGGCUUCCGCUGCGUCCGCAUGGUGAACAACAUCUACCUCAACUUCGACGCGCUGCACGGCGACAAGGACCACGGCGGCGUCCACGACGGCACCGAGGUCGUGCUCUGGGAGUGGUGCAAGGGCGACAAUCAGCGCUGGAAGAUCGUCCCCUGGUAGAUUGUACCUUGCUGCCACCCGCUUCAUGCCGUGUCCGUUGUCCGCGUUCAAGUCGAGAGAAUAAACCCGAAUUGCAGCGACGAUUUCAAUGUGAAUGUGCCUACUUGAUCGUGACCGGAUCGCUUCUUAGUCUGAGAAAAAAUUCAAGAUGUUGAUCAGCUGCAGGGCGGUCUAGCUAGCCAUCUUCUGAGUUUGGUGUGGAUCGCUACGUUGAUCCAUGCGAAUGUGUCUUCUCCCGUCUUUCUAUGAGAGAGUUUAUUAGUUCGUUUGAAUCUGGCAGUUUUCGAAAUAAUAAUAAGUAUGAAUGUACAUUUAUGUUUGUAAUGAACAAAUAUAUGCCUGCAUAAGCCACUGUCCUGCAUUA